AUGGCGGAAGCUCUCGAUCCUUAUCCAUUUCCUUCCAAUCUCCAUGUGGCUAGUUCUGUUACUUUAAAGCUCAAUGAGACUAAUUAUCUUCUCUGGAAGACACAAUUUGAAGCUCUGCUCCGUAGCCAGAAGCUUCUGGGUUUCGUUAAUGGCCAAGUAAGUGCUCCUCCAGCUACUGUUACCACUGUUGUGGAUGGUGGUGUUGUUGUUUCACCAAAUCCAGCGUUUGAAGCUUGGAAUUGCACAGAUCAAUUGAUUAAGUCUUGGAUUUUUGGUACUCUCACGGAAGAAGUCCUCGGAUAUGUUCACGGUCUAGCCACGUCUCAAGAUGUUUGGAUGUUUUUGGCUGAUAACUUCAAUAAAAGCUCUGUUGCUCGUGAAUUUGAUCUUCGUCGUCGUCUCCAAUUACUUUCCACUAAGGGAAAAGAUUUUCUUGUCUACUGUAGUGAGUUCCGCACUAUUUGUGACCAACUUAGUGCUAUUGGAAAACCAGUUGAAGAAUCUAUGAAGAUCUUCACUUUUCUAAACGGGUUGUCUCGAGAAUUUGAUCCCAUCUCCACUGUUCUUCAGAGUUCUAUGUCCCGCUAUCCGCCACCUACGUUCAAUGAUGUGGUCUCUGAAGUCUCCGGAUUUCACACACGGCUUCAGUCUUAUGAGACUCCGGAAGAAGUUACUCCGUUUACUGCAUUUCAAGUCCAAAAAUCAAACUAUUCUCACUCUGGACAACGUGGUCGUGGUCACUCGUCAUCUCGAUACGGCAAUCGCGGUCGUGGUGGUUUUUCUACACGAGGCAGAGGAUUCUCACAACAAGUCAACUCCUCUGGAUGGAAUCAGUCACAGUCUUCUGACGAAAACCACAACAACCACCCUGUGUGUCAAAUUUGUGGUCGAAUUGGACACACCGCAUUGAAAUGUUGGAACAGAUUUGAUCAUGCCUAUCAGAGUGAUGAUGUUCCUAAAGCUCUUGCUGCUCUCCACAUUUCGGAUGAUUCAGGGAAGUAUCCUGAUUCAGGUGCCACAGCUCACAUCACUGCCGCAGCUUCUUCUCUUCAGAAUCCAACUCCUUAUCAUGGACCUGACACAGUUCUAGUUGGAAAUGAGAAUCAGCUUCCCAUAACACAUGUUGGGUCAACCGUCAUCACCACUUCUCAAGGUAGUAUUCCUUUACAUGAUGUUCUGGUUUGUCCAUCAAUCCAGAAAUCUUUAUUAUCUAUUUCAAAAUUAUGUGAUGACUAUCCUUGUGGAGUGUUUUUUUAUGCUAAUUGGGUAUAUGUAAUUGACUUACAAACUCAGAAAGUGGUGACUAAAGGACCUCGGCAUAAUAAUCUUUAUGUGUUGAAGAACUCGGAUUUUGUGGCCUUUUACUCAAAUCGACAGGUGGUUGCUAGUGAAGUGGUGUGGCAUAGACGUCUUGGUCAUGCAAAUCCUCAAGUUCUUCAACACUUACAGAGUAGCAAGAUGAUUAAUACUAAUAAGAGUAGCACGUCCACCGUAUGUGAGUCGUGCCAGAUGGGAAAGAGUUCGAGAUUACCGUUUUUUGCUUCUUUAUCUAAUGCUUUGGUACCUCUUGAUAGAAUCCAUUGUGAUUUAUGGGGACCGUCGCCUAUUGUAUCAAAUCAAGGUUUCAAGUACUAUGUUGUCUUUGUGGAUGAUUUUUCUCGAUAUUCAUGGCUGUUUCCGCUCAAAGAAAAGUCUGAUUUUUACCAAGUCUUUGUUGCCUUUCAUAAGCAAGUUGAGAAUCAAUACGGCAAGAAAAUCAGAGUAUUUCAGAGCGACGGCGGUGGUCAGUUCACAAGUAAUGUGUUCCGAAAAUAUUUGAUAGAUCACGGGAUUCGGCAUCAGUUAUCGUGUCCUUCGACACCUCAACAAAACGGUCUAGCGGAACGCAAACAUCGGCAUUUGACGGAACUUGCUCUCUCCAUGAUCUUUCAGAGUAAAACACCUUUUAAGUAUUGGGUGGAGGCCUUUUAUACGGCUAACUUUGUUAGCAAUUUGCUUCCAUCACCAUCUUUGCAAUUCAAAAGCCCAUAUGAAUUACUCACAGGACAGAAACCAGAUUAUUCGUUCCUUCGGGUGUUUGGAGCUGCUUGUUACCCAUGUCUUCGACCGUAUACUAAUCAUAAGUUUGAUUUGCGGUCUCUUCAGUGCAUUUUUCUGGGAUAUCAUGCUCAGUAUAAGGGAUAUGGGUGCUUGUAUCCUCCCACAGGACGCAUAUAUAUCUCCCGUCAUGUUAUAUUUGAUGAAGACAUUUUUCCUUUUGAGGAUCGUUAUCGAAACUUUGUGGAGCCUUAUACAACACCGCUGCUUAAAGCAUGGCAGUCAGCACCACCUCCACCUACUCUUCUUCCAUCGCUUCUUGUGGCUCCUUCCUCACGAGUUAGUGAAAAUGUUUUCCAGCCUAAUGACAAUGAAGAUGAUAAUAUUAUUCCAUCAUCUAUAGCUCCGUCCUCACCUUCUGAAGUCAUGCCUGAUGCAAAUAAUGAUCCAGUGCUUGAACCUGAAGUCGUUCUCCCUAUGGCCUCUAGUACGUCAUCGCAACGGACUCAUCGUAUGACAACACGACUCCAACGUGGGAUACGCAAACCGAACCCGCGUUAUUCUUUACUUACACGAGUAGACCUUCCAACUAUCCCAACCACAGUUGAAUCUGCUCUCCAACAUGAAGGGUGGACCAAUGCUAUGGGUGAAGAGAUGGAUUCCCAAAAUAAGGCUGGAACAUGGUCGUUGGUUCCCUUUAACCCUGAUAUGCAUGUUCUUGGUUGUCGGUGGAUUUUUACGGUGAAACUCAAGGCUGACGGUUCUCUUGACAAACUUAAAGCUCGGCUAGUGGCUAAAGGUUUUGCUCAAGAGGAAGGAGUAGAUUUUCUUGAAACAUAUAGCCCAGUGGUUAGAACGACAACCAUAUGGUGCUUGGAGUCGUUGUUGCCAAAAACUGGUCUAUAA